UGUCUAUCUGUGUGUGUGUGUGUGUGUGUGUGUGUGCGCGCUGCGCGCCCAUGAAGGAUGAGCUUCUCGGGCGUCCAUCCCGCCGAUGCUCCCUCGUCUCUCGGCCAACUCUUGCGCACCCUCUGGUGCUCGCUCGCCGCCUGCCGAACUUCUUCUUCUCCUCCUCCUUUGUGUGGCCCUCUCGCCACAUUAUCAUUGUUGUUGUGUUGGUGGUUGUCUUCUUCCUCCUCCACCACCACCACCACCACCUCCACCUCCUCCUCCUCGCUGAUUGAGAGCUCGGCGGAGGAGCUCAGGUCAUCUGCAGCUGCGGCGAAGAAGAAGAAGAAGAAGAAGGAGAAGAAGAAGGAAAGAUGGCGAUCAGCUACUACUACUAGCCAGAUCGGACGGACACACGAGACACAACUUUGGAGGUGACGGAGAAGAUUGUCGCGGUUUAUCUGACUUUCCAGGGAGUGCUCCCCCUGUUCAGUGAUGGAGGUACUGCACUGUGAUGGCUGUGACUUCCGCGCCGAGUCGUACGACGACCUGAAGACACAUAUUCAGGAAGUGCACACUGUCUUCCUGCAGCCGGCGGAUGCAGACGAGUCUGACUCACUAAAGGACAACGAGGAGGAGGAAGAAGAAGAAGAAGAUGAUGAUGAAGAGGAGGAGGAGGAAGCAGUAGCAGAGGGGGAUAAGCGUGACAAGGAUUACACACGGACUAAAGAUGGAACGAGUCCCAACUCUGCUGACAGCUCCAGCAAGGCAUCACCGAAGCCACCCGCUGAAACCCAUCUGCUAUUUUACCAGUGCAAGUUCUGCGUCCGUUACUUUCGAUCAAAGUCGUUCCUGAGAAACCACACCAAGAAGGUGCACAAUGUCGAUCAAGAGGGCGCAGUAGCACCGAUCUCCUCAAAGACCUCCCUGGAGCACAGUGACAAUUCCAAAGUUUUCUCGUGUCAGUAUUGCACAUACAAGUCGCCGCGCAAAGCGAGGAUGAUAAAGCAUCACGUUAUGUGUCACAGCAAGCAUCAUGUUAUGUGUCAUAGCAAAGUUCCAUUAGACAGUUCCAGAGUCCCUUUGGAGAAUGCCGAGCCAGACAAGGAGCUGGACUCACCCGCCACACUCACGUUUGCCUGUGAAUGGUGUGACUAUCAGACUGAUCAGAAAGCCGGUUGGACUAAUCAUGUGUUCCAGGAACACAGCGACCAGGUCAAGGUAGUUUCCUGCAAUUCUGAGCCAGAAGGGGAUGCAAUCGCAAACUCACCCAAAGCGGAUACCCCAUCCCAAAGCUCGAGUACAUUAAAGACAGCUUUGACUGAUGGAUAUGACGAGUCCCCGGAGAAAACGCUUGAAUCAGCGCAGAGUGGCACAGAAACACCCAUCGCUAAGGAGGUGGUGAACAGCGGAUUUAAAAUGGAUGUCAAUGUACUGAAUGAGGAGGACUCCAGGAGCGGCUCGGAGGAAGAUGAAGACUUAGGUGAUAUAGAUGAUGAUCCCAACUACACUGGAACGCUGUCUGCAGACGCAAAGCAACUUUUAUCGGACGAGGACAAUAAACUGCUGGAGACUAAAGGAGUACCCUUCAGAAAGUACAUGAACCGUUUCCAGUGUCCCUUUUGCUCCUUCCUCACCAUGCACAGACGCAGCAUCUCGCGUCAUAUCGAGAACAUUCACCUCUCUGGUAAAACCACAGUAUAUAAAUGCGAAGAAUGUCCGUUUAUUUGCACCAGCCCACAUAAAUUAGGCACUCACAAACAGACCCACAGUUCAUCGGACAUGGAAACCAUGGACCUGACAAGUGAUAGUCCAGAACCUCAUAAUGACAGUGCAGCAGAGCCCGUCAACGGGGGCAACAUUAGCAGAAUGAAUGGAAAAAAGAUAACCAGCACAUUGAACGACCAGCAAAACCCUCAUCGGUGCACGCUUUGCAACUACUCCACCACCACUCUGAAAGGUCUAAGGGUCCACCAGCAGCAUAAGCAUUCCUACUGUGAUGACAUGGAUCCGACUGUCUUUGAAAGCCAGUUGGCUGACCAGCUGGAUGCUGACGUAGCAGCAUCGCCGACCCGUCUACAAAAAACACAAACCUCAAUUUUAGGGCUCGCCACCAAAAAACCCUUAGUAACCGGGAAAAGGGCAAGAAAGUCCAUCAACGAUUUACCUUUGGAUUUGUCCUCAGUGAAAAAGCGAACUAGAAUCGACGAAAUUGCUAGUAACCUUCAAAGCAAAAUAAGCCAAAGCCAGCAGGACCUGAUCAUCAACCUGGAUGACAUGGAUGAUGAAUACACGGCAGACCACUACACGAGUGCUGACAAUGUGGACCGAAACCAUAACGGCAACAAUGCCAUCUUCAUGUACAAUAUACAGCAGCCUCAUGCAAGGGAAGUGGCACAUAAAGGUGGCAGGAUUGGGAAAAGAAAAAGCAAUCCUAAAUCCAAAUCCAGAAGCCUACCGCUGUCUUUGACUAUGUCUGAUGAUAGUGAAAACAUUUCAGGUGAUCUCAUGGAUAGUAAGGAGACCACACAUGAAAACAGCCUCUAUUCAGAGGAACCUGCACGUUUCUACUGUAAACACUGUGAUUACCACAACAAGUCUGCGCGUAGCGUCAGCACUCAUUACCAGAGAAUGCACCCUUAUGUCAAAUUCAGCUUUAAGUACAUUCUGGACCCUGAGGACCAAAGCGCAGUCUUCCGCUGCUUGGAGUGCUACAUUGAAUACAACAACUACAACGACCUACAUCAACACUACAUGGAUCACCACCCGGAAGCAAGCAACGUGCUCAAUUUCAACCAACCCAAUCUAGUCUACAUGUGCCGCUUUUGUUCAUACAACAGCCCAAAUGUCCGAAGCCUCAUGCCUCACUACCAAAGAAUGCAUCCCACGGUGAAGAUCAACAAUGCCAUGAUCUUCUCCAGCUAUGUUGUGGAGCAGGCCCACAAGACUUCUGAAUCCCAAACUCUGAGGGAGAUAUUAAACUCCGGCCCCAAAAGUUUUAACUCCACAAGCUCCACUCCUAGGUCCUCAUCAAGUCCAGUGCUAAAAACUGUGUCUAAGUCACCCGAAGCAGCAACAGAGAAAGAUCCCCUUAAAGAAGCAGUGGGAAGCAAUGUUGUUGUAUAUGAUUGUGAUGUGUGUACUUUUUCUAGCCCCAAUAUGCACUCUGUUUUGGUCCACUAUCAAAAGAAACACCCAGAGCAAAAGGCGUCUUAUUUCCGUAUACAGAAAAGCAUGAAGGUCAUCUCCGUCGAUCAGCCCGUCACCAACGCCUCGUUCAACCUGAAUACGUCGACCCCAGCAAAACAAUCAAGUGCAGCACUGUAUGGUUCUGAUGAAGAUAUGUUCUACUGUAAGCACUGCGUAUACAGCAACAAAUCUGUUGUGGGCGUGUUGGUCCAUUAUCAGAAGAGACACCCUGAAGUAAAAGUGACAGCCAAAUAUAUCAAACACGGUGCCCCCACCGCCGGUUUGAUGAAACUGAUAGAUGAAUUGCAAAUAACAGCACCUAAACAGUUAGUGAAGCAGUUCCAAAAUAAUUGUCACAAUGGAUCCAACAACUCAAGCCCUAAACUGGGAGAGAAAUGUGAGGAUGAGCUUUUCUUCUGCCAGCACUGUGAUUAUGGCAACCGAACCGUCAAAGGAGUGCUCAUUCACUACCAGAAGAAACACAAGGAAACUAAGGCGAACGCCGAUCUCGUCCGUCGUCACACUGCGGUUGUACGAAGUCAACGUGAACGUGCCCAGUCGAGCAGCUUCGCUUCCACCACAAUUGCCCCAGCUCCUCCAGCAGACCCUGAAAACACUACAUUCUUGCGUGCACUCAAGUGCAGACAAUGUUCCUACACAUCCCCAUAUUUGUACGCCCUCAAGAAGCAUCUGAAGAAGGAGCACCCAACUGUAAAAGCCACAGCCUUGACCAUUUUACAUUGGGCUUACCAAGAUGGUAUCCUGGAGGCUGGCUAUCACUGCGAGUGGUGCAUCUACUCCCACGCCGAACCCCAAGGCUUGCUACUCCAUUACCAAAGACGUCACCCUGAGCAUAAUGUAGAUUUCGCCUACAUGGCCAGCAAGCUGUGGGCUGGGCCGGAGACCAUCGAACAUGGGGGGAACCUUGAAACGAAACAUUACAAAUGUAGGGAUUGCGCCUUUGAGGCCUGCACAAUAUUUGACAUAACAAGUCACUAUCAGGCAGUGCACCCGUGGGCAAUUAAAGAGGAUCAAUCUGUACUUUUAGAUAUCAUUAACGGAGAAGCCGAGAAGAGCCCCAAAGAAUCUUUCAAUUCUAUGGAGGACGAUUGCCCCCUGUACAUUGCCAUCCCGCCUCUGGAGAGCAGUCCCCAUGCCCCCCACCCACGUCUUUCUAUAUCCACUAAUCCUUAUCAGUGCACUGUGUGUCUGUCGGAGUACAACAGCCUCCAUGGCCUCCUCACCCACUAUGGAAAAAAGCACCCUGGCAUGAAAGUCAAAGCAGCAGACUUCGCACAGGAGGCCGACAUCAACCCCAGUUCUGUGUACAAGUGUCGCCACUGUCCCUAUGUCAACUCCCGUAUCCACGGCGUCCUCACUCACUAUCAGAAAAGGCACCCGUUAGUGAAAGUCACAGCAGAAGACUUUGCCAACGAUAUCGAGCAACUUGCUGAGAUAAAAGAGGCUGAGGACAAGAACAAGACUCAAAGGCAGGGUUAUGGUGCCUACAGGUGUAAAAUGUGCUCGUAUACGCAUGGGACGCUGGAGAAACUCAAAAUCCACUAUGAAAAGUAUCACAAUCAGUCAGCCACCGAAAUUUUUACACUGGGUUUGACAGAUAUCUCAGUCGGCCAAGACACAGAGCCUAUUGCAGAAUGCAGUGCCAGUCAUUUAUCAAACACAGCCAAAGUCCAGGAGGUUGGUGAAGUCGACUUUACCCUCUCGCCGUUACCCAUCAAUAAGCCGGAGAAGCACGCCAUCUUCAAGUGUCAGCUGUGCAAGUACUUCUGCUCCACUCGUAAAGGCAUCGCUCGCCACUACCGCAUCAAGCACAACAACGUCCGCGCUCAGCCAGAGGGUAAAAACAACGUCUUUAAAUGUGCUCUGUGCUCCUACACAAACCCCAUUCGUAAAGGUUUGGCAGCGCACUACCAGAAGCGUCACGAUAUUGACGCUUACUACACCCAUUGUUUGGCUGCAUCCAAGACUAUAAGCGAGAAACCCUGCAAAGUGACGAUACCGCCGCCAUCCGAAAGGGAGACCUCGGAGAUGAGCGAGGAGCUGCGCUUGGCCGUAGAGAGUCGAAGGUGUUCUCUUUGUGCCUUUCAGGCAUUCAGCAGGAAGAGCAUUGUGGCACACUACAUUAAACGCCACCCUGGUGUCUUCCCAAAGAAGCAGCAUGCCAGCAAGCUUGGUCGCUACUUCACGGUCAUCUAUGCCAAAGAACCAGAGACAACCGAGGAUAGUCCUGUAGAAACAGAAACGGAAGAUAGGGAGCUGCUGGAGGAUCCUCCAGAAGCCGAGCAGGACGGUGUCGGCGAUUGGCUGCCAUUUAAGUGUUUCAAAUGCUUCCAGUUGUCCUUCAGCAACGGCAGGCUGCUGUCUAUGCACUACAACGACCACCACAGUGUCGACUUCAAAAGGGACUUUGCAAUGACGCCGGACCCAGUAGACGAGACCUCAGAGUGGUUCAACUGUUCGCAUUGUGAGCUGAAGUUCCUGGCGCUUCCUGCGCUCGCCACACAUCUGCUGAAUCACAAUGAGGAGUUUGUGAAGAGGGCCACAAGGCAGGAGAGGAGGAGGCAGCUUCUCAGCAAACACAAAGAAGAUGUACCACAGAGCAAGACUGAGAAGGAAAGCUGUGCAAACAAAGCUCCUGAAGGGUUCAGGUGUAACUUCUGCAUGGAGGUCCAUUCUACACUCCGAGCCAUCUGCAAUCACCUGAGGAAGCAUGUCCAGUAUGGAGAGGUCAAAGAGGGACAUGUCAAGAAGGAAGCAAGCGAGGUCCCCCUGACUGCGCCACCACAGAAACUAGUUAAUGGUGACAGGAAAGAGGAUAAAACAGCCAGCCUUGAGGGGCCUGCAGAUGAUGGAAUGGACCCCACUUUCGUCCCUGCGGACUCCCCCGUUGCCACAGAGACACCAGAGUCUGAGCUGGUUGCUGUCCCGGGGAGAGCGGCGGCCCUGGUGGCUGCUGCCAGGGCCUCCGUGUCAGGGGCCCUGCUCAAGCAACGACUAACGACGGGGGGCCACCCGUGUGCCCAAUGCGACCGGGUCUUCAUGUCCAUGCAGGGACUCAGGUCCCAUGAAAGGAGUCACUCAGCCAUGGCUAUGCUUAGCAGAGAGGACAAAUAUAGAUGCCAGUACUGCCAGUUCGUCUCACCCUUCAGACACAAUCUGGACAGACACAUGCAGUCUCAUCACGGGCACCACAAACCCUUCAAGUGCAAACUCUGCCCCUUUAAGUCUGCCUACGUGAGCCGCUUGAAGAGCCACAUGCAUAAGGCGCAUGCUAGCGAGCAGCAUGCGUACAAGUGCUUGUCCUGCCCUUUCUCUUCCAUGACCAUCAGCCAGCUGAAGGAGCACUCUUUGCAGGACCAUGGCGAGGCUCUAACUCUGCCUAAACUGCGGGCCGCCACCCAGGCCGCGCACGCUUCCACGCGGCUGACCACCAACGCUGAUCAGAGUCCUUCAGCUCCGGACGACCCAUCAUAUUGGGAGCAGGAGGAUGAUUGUGAGCAGCUCAGUCAUUAUCAAAUUGCCUCUCACAGUCAUGUGUCUUCCUCUUUGGUCCACGGUUUGACAGACAAUCGCCCGGACAACAUUCUCACCUGUGAGUUCUGCGAGUUUAGCUCUGGAUACAUGCAGAGUUUGCGUCGGCACUAUAGGGACCGUCACGGUGGCAAGAAGCUCUUCAAGUGCAAGGACUGCUCUUUCUUUACCUGCUACAAGAAUACUUUCACCAUGCACGUGGAGGCAGGCCACAAUAACAAUGCACCAGAGGACAUUCAGAAAGACCUUCGCUGUCCUCUCUGUCUCUACCACACCAAAUACAAGAGCAGUAUGAUCGACCACAUUGUCCUGCACAAAGAAGAGCGCAUAAGCCCGCUGGCAGUGAACCGAUCGAAGCUGUCCCGUCACCUUGAAGGCCUGGUUUUCCGCUGCCACAAGUGCACCUUCACGUGCUCCAGCGACCACGCCUUGCAGCUCCACCUGCAGAAGCAUGUGGAGGUCAAGCCCUACCAGUGCCAGCUGUGCUACUACGACUGUCGACGCCGCAGCCAGCUGGAGGAGCACCUCCGCCUCGAGCACAAGGUCAUCCGGAACUUUGAGCUGAUGGGCCACGUCAACUUGGACCAGCUGGAGAUGAUGGAGCAUGGAAGCAGCAGCGAGGAGGACGAAGUGGAAGCAGCACAGGAGGAUAACGACAUGAUGGAGGUGGCGGCCGAUGGAAAGGCUACUGUUGCUGAGGAGGAGCAGGAGGAGGAGGAGCAGGAGCAGGAGGAAGGCAUGGAAGUGAUGGAGAACCCAGGGGAGGAAGAAGGAGACAUAGAGGAUGAAAAGCUGGAGGGUAGCAUCAAAGAAGAAGAGGAGGCAUUCAAGGAGAUUGACGAAGAGAGGCCUGCUCUACAAGAAGUCCUUGCUUCUCCAAGCAGUAGUAGCAGCAGCAGCGAGAAGGGCGAGAAGCGUCUUCCUUGCGAGUUCUGUGGACGCUGCUUCACUAACAAUUUAGAGUGGGAACGUCAUGUCCUUCGCCAUGGCAUGACAGUGAACAACAAUCAAUUGGACACCAGCACAAACUCCACAAUGGACGUCUCCGCUCCGUCUUCCCUCUCCUCCACAUCUAUCGACACUGGACUGGACCUUUCCGGCAACCGGGAAGAGAAUCCAAACCCCUCAGAUCUAUCGCAAAGUCAUUACGAGGACGACCAAGAGAUGCUUGGCGCCAAAAUGGAUCAGCAGCUGGCUUGACCAGACUGGGGACCCUCUUGGGCCAAUAAGGUUAGGUCGAAAUAGGAUGUUAAAUUUAAAAAAAAAUUGAAGUGAGAAACAUUUUAUGAUUUGGUGCAUUAUUAGAUUGUAGGUGUUACAUAUAUAAGUAUUAGGUUGUGCUGCUUAAAAAAUAAAAGGCGGAGUUCCUUAAUUAAAUGGGCGGUCCCCUAGGACAGAUUUUUAAUAUAUUGGUAACCAAUAGUGAACUUUUAUUGCUGACAUUCUGGUCAAAACUACAGUGAAAAAUCCCAUCUAUAAUAAACUAUUUAUAGAGAAUGUUGCCCAAAAUUAUCCAAAUUGAGCUAUUCGAAGCACCUUUUACACUUGCUUUAUCAAAACAUGAUAAAAGAUCAAAUAGUAAAUAUGUGAGCAUUUACAGAUGGCCCAAUGCUACCUAUAUCUAACUAUUUUCCCAUUGACGCCUUGUGUUUGAAUACUUUGAGUAAGGCUUGCACCUUAUCUAUUUUAUUACGUUGGCAAAUCCUCAUUGGUAGAAAUAAUGGCAAUUUACCAUCCAUGUUUUUGUAGCAAAUUGCUAUCUUUUAGAUCCCUUAAUAUGAUUAUACUACGUAUAAGCCUUCAGCCUGUGGCGCCCUUCGUGUUUGGACUGUACUGUUUUAUUAUUGUUCCGUAAUUUCACUGAUGAAAAAAAGUGGAUGUUGGAUUAAACGUUAAACCCUGUGAGAUGUUGUUUUCCAGUCCGUCAUAGUUUAAGCUGUGCACUCGGUGAACAUAUACGACAACAUGUUGAUGUUUCAUCACGUGUCUACACUUGGGAUCUCGACUAAGGCGCAAAGGUUGCACUUGUCUUUUUUUUAACUAGGAGGCCGUUCGGAUUACUUCAAUCUUUAAUAAUUAUUUAAUCAUUGUUUGGGUUGAGGCGCAAAUGUAGCAAAUUCGCAUGCAGUACCUGACUGUGACCAGCUGAGGCACUAGUGAUUAGACGACCGUAUUUUUCGGACUAUAAGUCGCUCUGGAGUAUAAAUCGCACCGGCCGAAAAUGCAUAAUAAAGAAGGAACAAAACAUGUAUAAGUCGCACUGGAGUAUAAGUCGCAUUUUUUGGGGAAAUUUAUUUGAUAAAACCCAACACCAAGAAUAGACAUUUGAAAGGCAAUUUAAAAUAAAUAAAGAAUAGUGAACAACAGGCUGAAUAAGUGUACGUUAUAUGAGGCAUAAAUAACCAACUGAGAACGUGCCCGGUAUGUUAACGUAACAUAUUAUGGUAAGAGUCAUUCAAAUAACUAUAACAUAUAGAACAUGCUAUACGUUUACCAAACAAUCUGUCACUCCUAAUCGCUAAAUCCCAUGAAAUCUUAUACGUCUAGUCUCUUACGUGAAUGAGCUAAAUAAUAUUAUUUGAUAUUUUACGGUAAUGUGUUAAUAAUUUCACACCCACGGCCAAACUAUGAAAAAAAACUGCGACUUAUAGUCCGAAAAAUACGGUAGUUUGAUGUCUUAGGAAGACAACAUAGCAUAGAGAAAUUAAGCUUAUAUAGAAAAGAGUAUGAAUAGAAACAGAAGUUCAGAACUUUUACAGAGUUUCUCCCAUUUGAAAUGUAACUUUAAUUUCCUUAUAGACGACGGAAAUUCCAUCAAAUGCCUAUGUAGCCCGAGUUUAUGUGAGACUCUGUUUAGCUGAAAAUUGUUCAAAGUUGUGUUUUUGGGCCAUUUCUUUGCAUGGCAAACAUUUGUAAAUGUGUAGCUACAAAAAUGUUUUUCUACUUCCACCUAUUGUCAGUAUAGCUUGGAAUAUUUGGCUUGCACAUAGUUGGUCCUUGUGUAAUAUGAGAGGAGUCAAACAAUAAUAUUUCAGCAAGGAAAACUGGAUUUGAAUGAACAUUUUUGAAUAAUUUGUAUUUGUGGCUAACUUAAUAUACAGCAUAUUUCAUGUAUAAGUCUGGUGUUCGUGCGUACCACAAUUUGAAAAUCAAUUGUCUUUAAAAAUGCUUUCACGUAAACACGAAAAAAUGGUCGUCUAUGGAAACAGGAGUCGAAUGCAUACUUAGCAGGAGCAGUUUACAUUGCCCUCUAGUGGCCUGGCAUGCAUAGUUCAGUAGUUCUGCACGAGUUUUAACUACCUUGUCAAGUCAUAAACGUACCUUAGAUGUGUUAGAACUAGGGGUGUCCCCAUCCGAUCUCCCCCCCAAAAAAUCUCGGAUGAUAUCGACUUGCAUCUAAAAUCUCCGAUACAAGCAGUCCUGCAGUGUGUUUACAUUAGCAAAGCUGGACAGCCAAUAAGCAAUGUCCUCCAAUAAGCACACGCGUUUUCAUCUUUUCUUCUAUUUCAGUGAAGUCAUUUACAAAAGGUAAACAUGGUAGGCUAUAGACUACCAGCAGCUACACAACAACUAAGCACACAGUAGCAUACAUAGUAAUAUGUGUACUGAAUUGAACAAUAUUGCAGUCUAAAACACUACUUUUGUCAAUUAAAAUUAUCUAGCAAUUAUAGUUGCAUGCUACUUACCGAUACAAAGUCUCCAAGUCAGAAAGGUAUUAGAAAGUAUUGAGUGUCCACAUCAGUAAACUCAUUCUGUCAUGAGUGUAACUUAAAGAUUAUUGUGAACACUAUGUACGAAAAAAACAUAAAAUAGCAUAAAUCUGUCAUAAAAUUAGUGUUUUUCAUACCUGAAUAUUGACACUACAAAAUAAUAAAAGUGUACUAUGAUUCCUGAUGAUAUUGUACUGGAUUAAUAUCAAUACACAACACUGCAAAAAGAAAAUGUUCAAAAACAAGAGAAAAAAAACCUAAAAUUAGGGGUAUUUUAUUUGAACUAAGCAAAAUGAUCUGCCAAUAGAACAAGAAAACUUGCCUUGUCAAGACUUUCCAAAAUAAGUAAAAUUAGCUAACCUCAAUGAACCCAAAAAUAACUUAAAAUAAGUAUUCUCUCUAAUAACAAGUGCACUUUUCUUGGUAGAAAAAAAGACGUUUUUGCUCAAUAUGUUGAAAAA